AGGAAUGUCGUCAUUCUGUCAUGGAAGCUGUAUUUCAGUCCUUUAAACUUUGUGUUCUAGAAAUUUGUCUGCCUGUAUUUGUUGAUGGAGUCAUGAGCAAAGGAAAACCUCUGAGGGAAGUAACUUUCUAUGAGCAUGUCUGUACCAGAAUGUGUUCACUUGUAGCCUCUACACCAGCAACAUGUUUCCCUGUUGUGGAAAGGUGUCUACUGGAGCAUGUCCUUCAAGAUGAUCUACUGUGUGCAUUGCUUGCUAGUGAUGUUUGGUGCUUCAUGGCCAGGUGGGGCUCUGCUGAACUGUGUGCUGGACACGUGUCAGUUCUUACUCAACUGCUGUUAAAGUUACCUACAGCGGAAGCUGCUUAUCUCCACUUGUCAAUGCUCAUUCAGCGUCUGGCUCGUCUUAUGGCUGUUGAACAUCAAGAAACUCUUGUUACCUCUUUUCCACCAUCAAAGGAAGAAAACGUCUCCGCAUGGUGCGUUUUUCCUUUACAAGACAUGCCUGAGAGCGUCAAGAAAAAGGCUAGCCGUGCUCUUGUUCCUCUGUGCGUUAAAGCUUGUCACUCGGCAGGGACUACGACGAGUAAACCACCUAAAGACGACGACGUCCAGUCCCGCUGCUUGUGUUGCCUCCGCCGUGUGUACAGCCUUCCUCAGGCAGUAAGUUAUGUCCCUCCUGUUCACCACUCGGCCGUGAUGGGGCUCAUCAACAACUUGUGGUCUCGCUGCAGCCAAGGGAAAGAGCAUGUAAAACGACUUGGUAUCAAGACCUGGUGUGAGUUAAUGGACUUAUCGUCUGCUCUGCUUCCUCAGAUCCAACCCGAAGACUACGCAAAGGUACAACAUACUUUUAUAAAGUACGCCGUUGUCGACAAUAAUUGUGUUUGCAGAGCUCUCUAGUCCAUUUAAUUUGUGAUAAAAGAUAACAACAGCCCUUUUCACGGUUUAUUUUUUUACAGUAAAAUUCAACGUGGAUGCGAUGCAAAUUCUUUCAGAAACUACAACGUUGCUGGAAAUUUCCCUACAUACGUUCGAUCAUAUUGUAAUGGAAAAUAGAAAUAUU